GCUCCGUAGUCGUCACAUGCGCACGCGCGGCAGCCGUUGUCCCCGCGGCGGAGCAAUGGCGCUGCUGGUGCGCGAUCCGCUGGUUGCGCGGGCGCGGCCCUACCCGCUUCCCUCCGGCGGCGGCUCCGUGCGGGGCCUCCUCCGGGACCGCGCCCGGGUGCUGAAUAUCCCUGAAGAAAGCUUGUAUGUGAAAUGUAAUGGGCGACUGGUUAAUGAAGAAGAUGUACUCCAGAAUGGAGCUGUUUACAGUCUGGAGCCAAGACUUUGUGGUGGAAAAGGAGGAUUUGGAUCUAUGCUGCGAGCACUUGGUGCUCAGAUUGAAAAGACAACAAACAGAGAGGCUUGCCGAGAUCUGAGUGGAAGGAGACUUCGAGAUGUCAAUCAUGAAAAAGCGAUGGCUGAAUGGGUGAAGCAGCAGGCAGAACGGGAAGCUGAAAAAGAGCAGAGGCACUUGGAAAGGCUGCAGCGGAAACUUGCAGAGCCAAAACAUUUUUUUGCAAGUCCAGAGUACCAGCAGCAGUGUCAUGAAAUGGCUGAGCAACUAGAAGAUUCAGUCCUUAAAGGAUUGCAGGCCUCUUCAAGCAAAACAGUGUCACUGGCAAGUGGCAGUAGUCAAAAGCGUCCAGGUGAAUUUGGGAAAAAUGGAACAAAAUCUAAAAAAAGAAAAUGCUUUUGGCUGGGAUUGGAAGGAUUGGAUGAUGAGAACAGUUCGGAUUGUGAGGAUGACAGUGAAGAUGAUUCCCCUCAUGCAUCUGAUGGAAGUUGUCAGUUGGGCAGCAGAUGUAAUGAUAAUGCUGAUAACUCAAAUGAAUGUUCAGGCAGCUCUGUGGAUUCAGUAGAGGAUAGUCCAGGUAUCAGUGCUACUGAUAAACCACUGGAGCAGCCAGAAGGUAGUGGAAGAGAUCUGCACGGAGACAAACACACAGGUGGGCAAACUGAAAUUCCAGCUGAAGAAAACAGUGAAGUGACAAAGCCUGUGAAAGAUGAGGCCCAAGAAAAGAAAAAAAUAACCCAAGCUUUGAAAGAAGAGGAGCAAGAAAACAUUUCUUCUCAGGCUCAGGGAAUGAACCAUUUACAGAGCACAGAGGCAGAACCAAUAGACUUAAUGGCAUUCAACUCUGCUGAUGAACUGGAAGCCCUGGGUUUGGAUAAACUGAAGAUGGAAUUGAUGUCUCUAGGACUGAAAUGUGGAGGCACUUUAAAGGAACGAGCAACAAGGCUUUUUUCUGUGAGAGGUCUGUCUAGAGACCAGAUCGAUCCUGCAUUGUUUGCAAAGCACUCUAAAGGGAGAAAAAAGUGAUUUAAACCCAAAAUUAUUAUAUAUCCGUGUCCGUUUAAAUUUUUCUUACUCUGCUGUCAUUCCAUAUUGCCACAUAAAGUCGUUUGGUAUCCCUGGAUAGCUUUUGUUUCUCUUCUUAAUUAGGUUCAAUUAAUAUAACAGUAAGUUGUAAGAUUGCUAUUAUGUAUAUUGUUAAUAGUUAUGUGUUCAGUACAUUCCAUAUUAAAGGAGUGAAAUUACUGUCUUUUUAUAAGCUUUACAAAUGGCUAUAAUAAUACGUCCUAAUGCAAGAAACAAGAGUAGUUCAUUUUUAGCUUUAUAUUGAAUCUCCUUUCCUCAAGUUAGCGCAGUUAACAGUCGCCAAAUGACACUGAACCUGCGAUCCAGGCUUAAAAGCAGAUGUUUCUGUAAGUAACAUUUUUGUAUGGAUGAGAUUAGUAUAAAUAAAUAUGGUGGGCUUUAA